UGCUGGGCGACACACUGCUUUUUGUUAUUUUCACCCUCGUCGCGAUAGUUGCAGGCCGCUUAUUGGCGCAGAUCCACUCGUCAACGAUUCUAUAGCAGCCACUCGGGAUAUUAUACAACGCAAAGGGUGUCACAUUGAGCAGAUCACAGCUGCAGGAGAGAAAAACCAGGACGUGACUCUUGUUACAUGCCAUAGGCAUUGUCUCGGAGAUCUCGUUAUACCCACAUCGGUCCCAGACCGAAUGUCGGCAAUCAACACAGAAAUCCCGGGUGUCUGAACAGACACGAACAACAAUGGCAGGCGCGCAGCGAGUCCUGGUCUACCUCCUGCGACGAGAUCUCCGCCUGGCAGACAACCCAAUUUUCAAUGAGAUUGCAAAACUGAACGCCCAGUCAAAGAAGCCCUUCACUCACGUGCUUCCUGUCUACGUCUACCCUGCUGAGCAGGUGGAAGUAUCUGGGUUCUUGGCCCCCGGACAAGAGAAGUCGCCAUACAAGGAGGCACGCAGCCGAGUGGGCAACUUCUGGCGAUGCGGCACUCACCGCGUCAAGUUCCUCGCUGAGAGCGUGUGGGACCUGAAGAAAGAUUUACAGAAGGUUCAAAGCGACCUGAUCAUCCGGAUCGGGUCAGUCAAGGAUGCAGUAGAAUCGAUCUUGGAAGGCUUUCGCGGCAAAGAGGGCGCUGAGCUUCACGGCCUGUGGAUGACGAGUGAGGAAGGAUGGGAGGAGCAGAAUGAGGAAGAGGCAGUGAAGGCCAUGAUUGAGAAGGACGGCAAAGAAUUCAAGCUAUGGGUCGAUGAGAAGUACUACAUCGAUGAUCGAGACAUUCCUUUCAAGGAUUCGAGGGAGCUCCCCGAUGUCUUCACGACUUAUCGUAAGAUGGUCGAACCUCUGAGAGAUGCUCCACGCAAGGAACUUCCAAAGCCGGAGCAGCUACUCCCACUACCAGAUCACAUCCCUAAUCAGGCAGCACCCUUCAAGAUCCCCUCUUCGUACGAUGAAGUUCUUGCGGCUCUCAAGAAACCUCUUGAGGAGAAGCCCGUCGAUAUCAAAGGGCCACCAAAGCUUCCCCAAGACGCAAAGUCGGCACAUCCGUUUGUCGGAGGCUCCAAAGCUGGUCACGAACGCGUGGAUCAUCUGAUUGAAUCAGGCUCGAUGAGCUCUUACAAAGAUACCAGGAACGGGCUACUAGGCCUUGACUUCAGCACCAAGCUCUCUGCAUGGUUGGCUCUAGGCUGCAUCUCUGCGCGGCAAGUGCACUGGAAGCUUUUGGACUUUGAGAAUGGCAAGGGGUCUCGCGCGCAGGCCGCAGAUGGGUAUGGCAAAGGAGAGAAUAAGGGCACAGCAGCGGUACGCUUCGAACUCCUCUGGCGCGACUACAUGCGUCUCUGCACUCGCAAAUUCGGCAUGCGGCUCUUCUUCAUUGAUGGCUACCGCGGCGAUGCCGACGCCGUGAACAAGUUCAUCAGUUCGCCCUACACCCACUCAACCAACAAGAAGAACAAAAAAGGUGUAGACGACGAAAACACUCGUCGCGUUGUUGAGCGUUUCCUGAAUGGAACCACAGGAACAGGGCUCAUCGACGCGUCGCAGCGAGAGCUGUGGUUGACAGGUUGGACCUCCAACCGCGCCAGGCAAAACGUUGCAUCGUAUCUGUCCAAGCAUCUCGGCAUCGACUGGCGACUAGGAGCAGAAUGGUACGAGAGCAAUCUCAUUGACUACGAUGUCUCAUCCAACUGGGGCAACUGGCAGUAUGUUGCAGGUGUGGGAAAUGAUCCUCGAGGCGAUGCCAGGGUCUUCAAUCCCGUGAAGCAAGCUGUUGACUACGAUACCAACGGAGAGUAUGUUCGGACCUGGGUUCCCGAACUUCGCGACGUCGGUCGUGGCGAAGGUGGACAGCAACAAGGAGGCGGCGACAGUAUGGAAUCUCUGAUGGGAGUAUUCCAGGCCUGGAGAGUGCCACCUGAAGAAAAGAAGCGUCUUGGGCUGGAAGGUGUGGAAUUCGUUGAGUCGCCACUGAUUCGAAUUGACUUCUCGGUCAAUCGUCGUGGUGGUGGACGUCCACGAGGACGAGGAAGAGGUAGGGGUGGUCGUGGAGGAGACCGUGGCAGACGCGGUCAGUAGUCGAUAUUUGUACAGUACGAAAACAUAUGAAGUACGCGUCACAGAGCGUCAGUCGCAAAAUUGCAUGACAAGUCAUUGCCAAUGGCAAUGGUGACCACGCGAGAUAUGAA